AUCACGAAUAGUCAUGGCACAUCAGAAUAAAACAAACAACAAUUAAACAUACAAAUUCGAAUUAAUUUUACAUAAAUUUGUAAAGAAUGAUUGAAUCUGAUCAAAGUGAUAAGGAAUUACAAGAUGAAAUGCCACCUUUGGAAACUUCUAAUAGUUCUAUAGAAGCUGAUGCGUCUGGACAGAAAAGAUUGCGAGAAGAAACUUCUGAAGAUGAAAAGUUACUUUUACCUUCUAAAAGAACAUGUGUAUCUAUUGAUGAAACAACAUCUAAGGAACAUAAAACUGAAUAUAUCUCAGAAGUAAAUGGUACUGCUAAAAAUGUAAAAGAAAAUAAAAAGAAUGUAAAUCCUGAUAAUAAGAAUGACAAAAUUAAAGCAGCAUCAGAAGAAGAUACAAACGAAAUUGCAAAAGACAAUUUGCAAAACACAAAUGAUGAAGUACCCAUUAAUAAUGAUAUUAAAAUUAAGGAAGAAAAUGAAUCCGAUACUUCAAUAAACAUAAAACAGAAGGAAAACAAUUCUACGAAUGCUAGUAUAGAAGAUACAGCAAUAAAGGAAGAAAGUGAAGGAGAGGAAGAAAAUAAUAUUAAGAAAAAAAAAGAACAUAGAAAAUCACAAAUUGAGGAUGCUGAAGUUGUAGAAGGUUUAGAACUUUCAGUAGAGUGUGCCAGUGAUAAAGAGUCUUCAAGUACUUCUGAAAGUGAAGAUGAAAAAGAUAAAAAGCCCAAACCAAAAACUAUAAUUGUCAAAGCAAAGCCUAAUGAUUCAGAACUUGAUGUCAGUUCUUCUGAAGCAGAAAAGUCAGAUUCACAGGAUGCAUCUGAAGUCACGUCUAAGCAAGCUGCAAAGAAAGGGAAAAAAAGAGGAAGAACAUCUUUUAGUAAAACAAAAGGUACUGAUUCUGAAGAAAAUAGUGAUAGUGCUUCUGAUGAAGAUUAUAGUCCACGAACUAAGAGGAAACUUAAAAAAGCAAUAGCAAACAAAAAAUCUACAGAAUCAAAAAAAGGGCAUAGUAGGGCAAAGAAGGUAGUUAAAAAAUUAAUUGAAGAAAAAGAUGAGGAAGAUGAAAAUUCCAAUGUUGCAGAAGAUGUAAACACAGAAGAAAAUACAUCUGAUACAGAAUCAAUAAGAAGCAAGAGUGAAGAUGAAAGUGACAGUAAAGAUGGAAAGAAUAAGAGAAGUACAAAAUCCGAAGGUGAUAAAAAAAUACAAUCGUUAAAAAAAUAUAUUAGAAUGGCUGGAAUAUAUGUGAAAUCUUAUAAUGAUCUUUGGGCUGGUUGUAAAUCGAAUAUUGCAAAAGUAAAGUGCCUCAAAGAAUUAUUAGCAAAACAUGGAGUUAAUGGCAGGCCCACUAUAGAAAAAUGUAAAAAAGCUAGGAAAAGAAACGAAACGCUCAAAGAUAUUGCAGAAUUAAAUACAAGCAAUAUUAUAUCAGAAGGACGUGUUACACGUGCUCAAAGAAAUAAGGAUUCUAGUAAAGAAUCAGCAAAAAUACCAGAAACGCCUACGAAACUUCGUGAAACACGUUAUUCAUUUAAAAGAGUUUUAUGCGUUGUUGACAGUGAUUCCGAAUGA